AUGGCUUCGCAUGUGGACAUCUCAAUUCGUGUUCCGCUGAACUCUUCGACUGUGGCUCCCUCAUCUCGAAAGUCUCCAGCCAUUAUGCUUCCGCACAGACGUCCCCUCGAAACAGUCUACACUCAACCGGUUUCCUUUUCUAUAUCCCGAAUUUUGGGAUUUGAAGGCAACCCCUUUCAGCCUUCGUCAUCUUCGCUGCUUCCUGCUUAUGAUAAGUUAACCAACGAGAGCAGUAAAAGAAGCUUCAAAGAGGACAACCGACAAACCUACGAACACUCGCCGAGUGUUGACACCGACAAACUGGGCACUUCCUUAGAUAGCGAAACAAGCCAUUCCAGUCCAUCCACUGCGCGGCCAAAGAUGAAAAGGAAACAACGAACAAUGUUUUCACCUCUGGAAGUCUGGGAACUGGAGAGAGUGUUUGCACAGAGACGAUAUUUAAUGCCGGAAGACGAAGACGAAUUGGUACAAAAACUUGGAGUCACUGCAAGGAACGUACGGUUCUGGUUCCAAAAUCGUCAGACCAAGUUACGGAAACAAGCAAAAGCCUCAGUUGAUGUCCAUCGAACCAGCCCAUGA